AUGACGCCACGCUCAAAGCUUGGAGUAUUUCUAUGCUGCCUGGCACCUCUGAGUUUCGCAGAUGCGACCAAGGACCCGGCCUGGCUCCAAGACAUCGCCGACGUCGCCAACGUCGCCGACUUCGCCUCCUGCCGCGGCACCAGCAACGAAGCACCGCGCCUGGCGGGGCUGGGGCCCAAGGUGCAGGAGGGCUUUGAGGGCUGGGUGUCAUUGAUGGUGCUGGACUACAAGCUGGUGAACCGCUCAUUCUACAUCCAAGUGCCCACAGGCCUAAACGAUCGCCCCGCGCCGCUGCUGAUUGCACUGCAUGCCCAAGGUUUUGAGGCGGAUAGUUACGCAAAGGCACAUGACUUCGGAACCUUCGGGCAAUCCUUGGGCUUCGUCAGCAUCUAUCCCCAGGGCUUGGACGAUGCCCUGCCUGGGGGCGCGGAUUUGGGCACCGGAUGGAACGUGGGCACUGCAGGCGACAACCAGACCUGCAUUGGCGAUGAAGUGAUGGCCGAUUGUUACGAGUCGUGCUGGGAACAGAACCGGUGCGGCCGCUGCAACUGGUCGGGCUGCUACGAUGAGCGCCUCUUUAUUUUCUCCGUCAUCGAGGCCGUCAGUGCAGUUCUUUGCAUCGAUCACUCACGUGUCUACGUCACGGGCGAAAGCAAUGGUGGAAUGUUGGCGCAUUACUUGGUGCAAUCCCUACCAGGCACCUUCGCGGCUGUGGCUCCGUGGUUUGGCUUGCCGUUGUUGGGCUAUGGCUUGGGCGCCCAGUUCGAGCUGGUGAGAUAUACCAAGGACUCGAGGCAAACCGCCAUGCUUCAACUCCAUGGACGGGACGAUGAUGUCAUGCCCAUCGCAGGUGGUGUGGCGGGAAACAAGUGGAUCUACGAGCCCCUCAACAAAGUGCAACAGGGCUGGGCCGCCGUUCACGACUGCGAUACGACGGCCAGCACCACCAAGACCUACUGGGAUGGUGGAAGUGGGAAUUUCAGCUGCCUGGAAUUCAAAGGUUGCUCCAGUGGAAGGCGAAUCAUGCGCUGCUUCUAUGAUGGCGGGCAUAUGGAUUUGCCGGAAGAUGGGAUUGCAGACCAGAUCACCUUGUGGUUUUUACUCCAGUACCGUUUAGAUGAUCCUUGGGCGUCAGAGGACGUUCGCGCUUUGCUGGUGUGAGAAGUGAGUCCUCGAAAUCGGCACCGUGGGCACCAUCAAUUGAUGAUGCGGAUGCAAAGACAAAAAAAAAACAGCGGUGACCAAUCCAGAAUUACUGGAAUGUUUGGGUUUCGGAGAGUUUAC